AUGGGGAAGGAGCAGGAACUGGUGCAGGCGGUGAAGGCGGAGGACGUGGGGACCGCGCAGAGGCUGCUGCAGAGGCCGCGGCCCGGAAAGGCCAAGCUCCUGGGCUCCACCAAGAAGAUCAAUGUCAAUUUCCAAGACCCAGAUGGCUUUUCUGCCCUGCACCACGCGGCCCUGAAUGGCAACACGGAAUUGAUCACCCUGCUGCUGGAGGCCCAGGCUGCUGUGGACAUUAAGGACAACAAAGGCAUGCGGCCGCUACACUAUGCGGCCUGGCAGGGCCGGAAGGAGCCCAUGAAGCUGGUGCUGAAGGCGGGCUCAGCGGUGAAUGUCCCAUCUGAUGAGGGCCACAUCCCCCUGCACUUGGCGGCCCAGCAUGGUCACUACGACGUGUCUGAGAUGCUGCUCCAGCACCAGUCCAACCCGUGCAUGGUGGACAACUCGGGGAAGACGCCCCUGGACCUUGCCUGUGAGUUCGGCCGCGUUGGGGUGGUCCAGCUGCUCCUGAGCAGCAACAUGUGUGCGGCCUUGCUAGAGCCCCGGCCAGGGGACACCACCGACCCCAAUGGCACCAGCCCCCUGCACCUGGCAGCCAAGAAUGGCCACAUCGACAUCAUCAGACUCCUCCUCCAAGCUGGCAUUGACAUUAACCGCCAGACCAAGUCCGGCACGGCCCUGCAUGAGGCCGCACUCUGUGGGAAGACGGAAGUGGUUCGGCUGCUGCUCGAUAACGGGAUCAAUGCCCACGUGAGGAACACCUACAGCCAGACGGCCCUGGACAUCGUGCACCAAUUCACCACCUCCCAGGCCAGCAAGGAGAUCAAGCAGCUGCUGCGAGAGGCCUCGGCAGCCCUGCAGGUCCGGGCGACCAAGGAUUAUUGCAACAAUUACGACCUGACCAGCCUCAACGUGAAAGCUGGGGACAUUAUCACAGUCCUCGAGCAGCAUCCAGACGGCCGGUGGAAAGGCUGUAUCCAUGACAACAGGACAGGCAAUGACCGUGUGGGCUACUUCCCAUCCUCCCUGGGCGAGGCCAUCGUCAAGCGAGCAGGUUCCCGAGCAGGUGCUGAACCAAGCCCACCCCAGGGAGGCAGCUCAGCAGGGCCCUCUGUACCCCCCGAGGAGAUCUGGGUGCUGAGGAAGCCAUUUGCAGGCGGGGACCGCAGUGGCAGCUUGAGCAGUGUGGCCAGUGGCCGGAGCAGCGGGGGCCACACCCUGCACGCAGGCUCUGAAGGGGUCAAGCUCCUGGCCACGGUGCUCUCCCAGAAGUCUGUGUCCGACUCCAGCCCCGGGGACAGCCCUGUCAAGCCUCCGGAGGGCUCUUCAGGUGCCACCCGGUCCCAGACUCCAGUGACCCAUGCUGGGCAGGUCUAUGGGGAGCAGCCACCCAAGAAGGUGGAGACAGCAUCGGAGGGCAAGGGCGCCGAGGCUGUCAGCCAGUGGCUUGCCACGUUCCAGCUGCAGCUCUACGCCCCCAACUUCAUCAGCGCCGGCUAUGACCUGCCCACCAUCAGCCGCAUGACCCCCGAGGACCUCACGGCCAUCGGGGUCACCAAGCCAGGCCACCGGAAGAAGAUCACUGCAGAGAUCACCGGCCUGAGCAUCCCCGACUGGCUGCCUGAGCACAAACCCGCUAAUCUCGCUGUGUGGCUGUCCAUGAUUGGCCUGGCUCAGUACUACAAGGUGCUGGUGGACAACGGCUACGAGAACAUCGACUUCAUCACCGACAUCACCUGGGAAGACCUGCAGGAGAUCGGCAUCACCAAGCUGGGACACCAGAAGAAGUUGAUGCUGGCAGUGAGGAAACUGGCAGAGCUGCAGAAGGCAGAGUACGCCAAGUAUGAGGGGGGACCCCUGCGCCGGAAGGUACCACAGUCACUUGAAGUGAUGGCCAUCGAGUCACCACCCCCACCCGAGCCUGCCCCGGCUGACUGCCAGUCUCCUAAGAUGACCACCUUCCAGGACAGUGAGCUCAGCGGUGAGCUGCAGGCUGCGCUGACGGGCCCGGCUGAAGGGGCUGCCGCUGCCACUGCCCCUGCCCCUACUGAGAAGCCCUCCAACCACCUGCCACCCACCCCAAGGGCUUCCAUGCGGCAGGAGCCCAGCCUGGGUGGGCGGGCACGGCACAUGAGCAGUUCUCAGGAGCUGCUGGGCGACGGGCCCCCAGGGCCUGGCAGCCCCAUGUCACGAAGCCAGGAGUACCUGCUGGAGGAGGGGCCGGCCCCGGGUACCCCCACCAAGGAGGCCCGGCCCAGCCGCCACGGCCACAGCGUCAAGCGGGCCAGUGUGCCCCCAGUGCCUGGCAAGCCGCGGCAAGUCCUUCCACCAGGUACCAGCCAUUUCACGCCCCCCCAGACUCCCACAAAAGCCCGGCCAGGCUCCCCACAAGCCCUGGGGGGGCCUCAUGGCCCAGCCCCAGCCACAGCCAAGGUGAAGCCCACCCCACAGCUGCUGCCACCAAUGGAGCGACCCAUGUCACCUCGCUCGCUGCCUCAGUCACCCACACACCGUGGCUUUGCCUACGUGCUGCCCCAACCCGUGGAGAGCGAGGCAGGGCCGGCUGCUCCGGGGCCUGCGCCUGUGGCCAUGCCCGCACCUGUGCCCACGCUGUGCCUGCCUCCUGAGGCCGACGUGGAGCCAGGGCGGCCCAAGAAGCGCGCCCACAGCCUGAAUCGCUACGCAGCGUCCGACAGCGAGCCGGAGCGGGACGAGCUGCUGGUGCCGGCCACCGCGGGGCCCUACGCCACAGUCCAGCGGCGCGUGGGCCGCAGCCACUCAGUGCGGGCACCCGCUGGCGCUGACAAGAACGUCAACCGCAGCCAGUCGUUCGCUGUGCGGCCGCGAAAGAAGGGGCCUCCCCCACCCCCGCCCAAGCGCUCCAGCUCAGCCAUGGCCAGUGCCAACCUGGCUGAUGAGUCAGUGCCAGAUGCGGAGACUGAGGGGGCUGGGACCGAGGACGGCCGGCUGGGGGUCCGGGCACAGCGCCGGCGGGCUAGUGACCUGGCUGGCAGCGUGGACACAGGAAGCGCUGGCAGCGUGAAGAGCAUUGCAGCCAUGCUCGAGCUGUCAUCCAUUGGGGGUGGGGGCCGGGCAGCCCGCAGGCCCCCUGAGGGCCACCCCAUGCUUCGCCCCGCCAGCCCGGAGCCAGGCCGGGUGGCCACGGUGUUGGCCUCGGUGAAGCACAAGGAGGCCAUUGGGCCUGACGGUGAGGUGGUGAACCGGCGCCGCACACUGAGUGGGCCUGUUACGGGACUUCUGGCCACUGCUCGCCGGGGUCCGGGAGAGCCAGGGGGGCCUGCAGAUCACUGCCACUUUGUGGAAGAUGGCGCUACCCGGCAGCGGCCUCGAGGUCCAGCCAAGGGUGAGGCGGGUGUGGAGGGCCCACCACUGGCCAGGGUAGAGGCCAGCGCCACGCUCAAGAGGCGCAUCCGAGCCAAGCAGAGCCAGCAGGAGAACGUCAAGUUCAUCCUCACUGAGUCCGACACGGUCAAGCGCCGGCCCAAGGCCAAGGAGAGGGAGGCAGGUCCCGAGCCUCCCCUACCACCGCUGUCCGUGUACCAGAAUGGAACAGGCACUGUGCGCCGCCGUCCGGCCUCUGAGCAGGCUGGGCCCCCAGACCUGCCCCCGCCACCGCCACCAGCUGAGCCCCCGCCCUCUGACCUGUUGCACCUGCCCCCGCUGCCCCCGCCAGACAGUGAUGCCCGGAAGCUGGCCAAGCCACCUGUCUCUCCCAAGCCCAUUCUGGCUCAGCCCGUGCCCAAGAUCCAGGGCUCACCCACACCUGCCUCCAAGAAGGUGCCACUGCCAGGUCCUGGCAGCCCAGAGGUGAAGCGUGCCCAUGGCACGCCGCCGCCCGUGUCUCCCAAGCCGCCGCCACCGCCCACGGCGCCCAAGCCGGCCAAGGCAGCGGCGGGGCUGCAGUCGGGCAGCGCCAGCCCGUCGCCCUCGCCGGCACGCCAGCCGCCUGCUGCCCUCACCAAGCCCGCCAGCACGCCACCCUCGCUGAGUGCUAGCCCGGCCAGGCCCCCGUCCCCCGGUGUGCCCGCGCUGCACGUGCCCGCCAAGCCGCCGCGCGCUGCCGCAGCGGCAGCCGGGCCCCCCGCCGCGCCCGACGGCGCCUCGCCGGGGGACAGCGCCAGGCAGAAGCUUGAGGAGACUAGCGCGUGCCUGGCGGCGGCGCUGCAAGCCGUAGAAGAAAAGAUCCGGCAGGAGGACGCGCAAGGCUCGCGCCCCUCGGCCGCCGAGGAGAAGAGCACCGGCAGCAUCCUGGACGACAUUGGCAGCAUGUUUGACGACCUGGCCGACCAGCUGGACGCCAUGUUGGAGUGA